AUGGGAAACAUGCGUUCAAGGAUCGCAGUGCUGUCGCUCGUAUAUUCGGCCUUGGGACAGACACUUGGUAACAACACCGACCUCAUCUGCCGCCCCUUUGGAACAUGCGAGCCAUGUCCAGAAGAUGCAUUGCACGAGCCCUUCUGCCAGCCGUUCGGCAACCGCAGGCUGAUGCACUGUGCCUUGGCCUCUUCGUAUUCGAGCCACUCUCCGUUGCCGCCCGUGUCACCAACAUACGGUCAUAACCCGUCAUCGGACCAUAGUGCUCCGCCAUCUAUCUCAGGAAGUGGGCCCCGCCAAGGAGAGAUACCGGCAUGGGAGUCGUGUGGGCGCAUCGUCGAGAAGGAGCGUGCAGACUUCUACGAAUUCCUCAUGUGUAACUUCGUCAUCGCGGUAAUUGCUGUGCUUGUGCUCUUCGCUCGGUCAAAGAGAUUACAGGCGAUGCAUGCACGACAACUAGCGGCGCGCAUUGGGUUGGUCCGAGGUACCCCUGGUGGAUGGGCAAAUGGAUGA